AUGUCCGCUCUCGACGCCAUCGGGCCCGUUUGUGGCCACGCAAUCGAUCAAGACGUUGCUGAUGCAGCCUCAAAUGCGUUAAUUGAUGCCUUGGAUCUCCUGGAUCAAGAGCUCGGUCGCAAACUGGAGACCCCGCUGGACGAGCAUGGCGAAAUCAGCAAGGGAAGCAUGCGAUCGGAGACGCUGAACAACACUGACAACCUUUACUACGUUUGGAGAAUCAUCGACCACUGCUGA